AUGACUGCCGCCUGGAAAGCCGCUGGCCUCACCUACAACCGCUACCUGGCCAUUGCCGCCCGGACGGUGCGCCGCUCCCUCAAGGAGACUCCCCGUCUCGCUGCUGAGCGCCGCGGUCAGAUGGACCUCCGUUUCGCCAAGUGGGAGAACGGCAAGCAGGGUGAUGUCCGCUCGCUCGCCCAGGCCAACACCGAGGCCAUUGCCCAGGCCGCCGAGAAAUAG